AUGGUUAUGAUGGUUCUUGAGGAUGAUCCUGGUGAAUGUCCGCAUUGCCUUUUGCUACCGAAUUCAAACUCCAAAUUUGAAGCUUUGUCAAUGUUAAUUUUCUGUUGGAGCAUUGGUGGCCUUGGCUUCUUGCUGGCAGUUACAACUACACAGAUUUUGCGAAAGCUCUCCAGCUCGGAGGAUGAGAAAUAUGGAUACAUGUUUCGUGCUGCGAAGUUCAUAAGAAGUAAGUGCCUUGUCUGGUUACAUGGGGGAUGGAUAGAGAACGUGUUAAUAAGAUCAUCUGUUGGUUUUGAGGCUUUUAUGCCUCCAGCAAUUGGUGGAAUAAAAUUGGUGUACUCACUCUUCUUCUGA